UUGUUCAGAGUAUGGGCAGCACCUCUUAGUCUAUGAGUUUCAUAGAAAUGGAUCACUGCAUGACUUCCUUAACCCGACUUUCUGAGUUGCCAUGAGCUUCAGAUAAUGUGUAUGUCAACUUGUGACAGGA